GGGAGGUACUUCAGGGGCGCAUAGCGGUGAAGUACGUGCAAGAGGUUUAUUUCAAACCUUUAACAAUUUUAUAUGAGAAUGAGUUUGAAGAAUCUGGUUCAGUUAUUUGAAGACGGUUGCUUGCCUAUGAAGUAGAAUUUAAGUGUGUGGAAACUUAACAUUAAUUUCGAUUCAUUUUAAGUUUACAAAUUAGAUCUUUUAUAUUGGAUAUGAACUAUGGCUUUUCGUACAGGUCGCGUGCUUUUAAUAAAAUUCGUUCGGAAUUACAGCAGUGCACGAGGAAAUGAUACUAUACAUCACAAGGUUGUUGUAGCGGGAGGAGGGACAGGAGGAUGUUCGGUUUCUGCACGUGCAUGUCGUACACUCGGACCAGGAACUGUUGCUGUCAUAGAGCCAUCUGAGAAACACUACUACCAGUCUAUGUGGACUCUGGUUGGUGGUGGAAUCAAAACAAUGGACCAGUCUGAGAUAAAAACUGCUGAGGUCCUCCCAAAACCAUGUAAGCUCUACAAGAACCGUGUGUCGGAAUUCCAACCUGAUAGAAAUAUGGUCGUCUUGGAUAACGGACAGAAGCUGACCUACGAUUAUCUAGUUGUCGCCCUUGGUUUACAGAUCAACCCCGAUAAAGUAGAUGGUCUUGUAGAUGCGCUUGAGAAUGACCCGGCAGUGUGCUGUAACUAUAUGAAAGAUACGGUGAUAAAGACGUAUCCAGCUAUACAGAACUUCAAAGGAGGCAACGCUAUCUUCACUGUUCCAAACACACCAAUAAAGUGUGGUGGGGCGCCACAAAAAAUCAUGUACCUUGCCGAUGAGUACUGGAGAAAUCAUGGAGUUCGGGACAAGUCACAAAUUUUGUUCAAUACAUCCCUGGAUGUGAUUUUUGGGGUUCCGAAAUAUGCUACACGCUUAUCAGAAAUCGUUAAAAGAAAAGACAUUCAAGUAAAUUUUAGACGAAACCUGACAUCAGUAGAUCACGUGAAGAAGUUGGCAACUUUCAAACAGCUGGACCAUGAUAACGAGGAAACUUACAAUUACGAUUUUCUGCACGCGGUGCCCCCGAUGUCAGCCCCAGAUGUGCUGAAGAACUCGACAUCCUCUAUCGUAGAUGAAGGAGGCUGGCUGGAUGUUAACAAGCUAACAAUGCAGCACAAAAACUUCUCCAAUAUUUUCGGUCUCGGUGACUGUACCAAUGUUCCGACAUCUAAAACUGCUGCCGCUGUAGCAUCACAGAACAAAAUAUUACUGAACAGUCUUUGUCAGGUGAUGGAUGGAAAAAUUCCUGAUGGAAAAUAUGACGGUUACACGGCGUGUCCUCUGGUCACCGGGUACAGUUCGUGUAUUUUAGCCGAGUUCGACUUCGACGGUAAACCAAUGGAGACGUUUCCAAUAGACCAGAGUAAAGAGAGACGUUCAAUGUUCUAUAUGAAAAAAGACGUCAUGCCCCAGAUAUACUGGAAGUUGUUCGUAAAAGGUAAAUGGGGUGGACCAAAAGAAUUACGAAAAGCGAUGUGCCCGUGGCUGUCCAAAUAAAUUAUUAACUAUUUUAAUGCGGCUCUGUACGUCACUGGAAGAAGGAAUUAUGUCGAAACCAUGUCAAGUUCAUUUAAUGUGAAAAAUAUGUAUGGUUGAAGAGGAAGACAAAUGUAUUUCAUUUACAAAUUGUGCACAUUGGCUAUUUUUAUUACAAACUGGCAGAUAUUAGAGAACAAUGCACUUUCCUGUUCUUGACAGGGACGCCAGGCAAUGACGUAUAUGCAUAAACUGGGGAAAGGGAGAGGUUGUGGUGUCCACUUCGUCAAGUGAUCCGACUUCAAACUUUCUCAAAAUUUGAUAAAAUAAACCAUUUUCUGACGUUAAGUGCGUGUAAAUGGAUGCUUGUCUACAAGGAAAUAGGUUUGGGGUCAUGGAGUGCCUCCAUUCUCACGUGAUAUUCCCAUGCUACCUCCAGCGCCUGUGCCUACUUAUACUAUGAGGUAACCACAUGUAGCAGUCAUACCACUUGGUGUGCUUGAAACUUUAAACUCUUUUAUGUUGUUCACCAUAUGAUGAUGAGGCUUUGUUAAUAUAACACAUAUUAAUUGUAAAUACGGAUUGAUUUUGUUCGCCUUAAGGUAGUUCUGCACGUUUAAUAAACCGGAAUUGAUGACGUCAUUUAUCCGGAAAAGUCUGGAGUCGGUGUUAGGAAAUGAAAAUAAUUUUACUUAUUAAUGGCAACCCGUGUGUUUUAUUACAAUGACGUUACUAUCUUUCUAAAGUUAAAAUAUGAUACUAAAACAUGUGACAUGUAAAAUAAUUCACAAUAAUGGCUUAAAACCUGCUGGAAAUGUGUGGAUCACUUUAAUCAUAGGCAAAUAUCUCAAAAACAAGCACACGGACCUAUACAUUUUAUUUUCACCAUAUUAUAGGUCAUAUGUUUAUUUACGACUAUGAGGAGUUUCAUUACAAUCUAUAUUGUAGAAAAAAUUCUAUUCGCGAAAAUGUUAUGAAAUUGUGAUUUUCUCAUAGACUCCCAUUAUGAAAACUUGCGUGAGGUUCUAAUUUUCCAAUCAGUCUGGCAAGAAAAUGAAGCACACGGCCCUAUCUUUUUUAUUUGCUCUUUUUAUUUGCUCAAUUUUCUAAGUAUAUUCUGGGGUUUUGAAAAAUCAGGGUUUAAACAAAUUCUACAUUGUAGAAAAACUUUUGAUCCGAACGUGCAGAACUACCUUAAAUUGGCAAAAAUCACUUGUUGCCUGUGUUGGUUCUAGUCUUACACGUCAUUAUAAUUGUAAAAAUGUAUAUAGUUGGUAAUAAAUAUGUAAACCUAAAAAAA